AUGUCAAAAGUUGACCUGUACAGCGAAUUGGGUGUAGAUGGUGAUUCCGAGACUCCAGGUGCUCCUGGAGCUGUGGUCGUGGCAAAAGACCCGGCCGCACCUUCGAAAGACGUUUCUUCGAAGCGGCAAUCAGCAUCUGACCUGUUCACCAUUUUUUGCUCCGGUUUCGCUCUCAUCAGCGAUGGAUACCAGAAUAACCUCAUGACCAUGACAAAUGUCGUGUUGAAAGCGGAGUACAAGAAGCAAUAUACCUCUGCUGUCAGCACCCGUGUAUCCAAUGCUCUGCUGGUAGGGGAGAUUAUAGGCCAACUCGUCAUUGGCCUGACAUGCGACUAUCUAGGCCGCAAAGUCGCAAUCGUAACGACGACUGCCAUGAUCGUCAUUGGCGGAAUAUUAGCCACCGCUUCCCACGGCAUCACUAUCAAUGGCAUGUUUUGGAUGAUGACGGUAUCUCGGGGAAUUGUUGGAUUUGGUACUGGAGGAGAGUAUCCUGCUUCAAGCACCUCGGCCUCCGAGGCUGCGAAUGAGUUCACGCCGAAGAAACGAGGGCCAAUCUUCAUCCUGGUGACGAAUCUUCCGCUCUCCUUCGGUGGGCCCUUGGCCGUCAGUGUCUUCCUGAUCGUUUUUUCGGCAGGUGCCAUUAAGAGAAAGGUCCCAUAUCUCUUAGUAUCGAGGUACUACUGGAAGUCUUUGAUUGGGACGUGUGGAGCAUGGUUUUUGUACGACUUUGUGACCUUUCCAAACGGAGUAUUCUCUGGUACCAUCAUUUCAAGUGUGGUGAAGAAUGGGAGCAUUCUGAAGACAGCCGAAUGGCAGCUUCUCCUUGGGAGCAUAGCCUUACCCGGUGUUCUCGUGGGGGCAUGGUUGUGUGACAGAUUGGGCCGGAAGAACACUAUGAUGCUAGGCUUUAGCGGCUAUCUGGUCUUUGGACUGAUAAUCGGGUGCGCCUAUGAUCGAAUCACCAAGAUCGUACCCCUUUUCGUGAUCUUUUAUGGUCUCAUGCUGUCUUCUGGAAACUUAGGACCUGGUGAUAUGUUAGGUUUGAUGUCUUCCGAGAGCUAUGCCACAGCAGUUCGUGGUACGUGCUAUGGCAUUUCAGCUGCGUUGGGAAAGACUGGCGCCGCUGUUGGCACGGAGGUUUUCACGCCCAUCCAAACGAAUCUUGGGAAGAAAUGGACAUUCAUAAUCGCGGCCAUCUGUGGUGUUGUCGGUGUCUUAGUAACGUUCUUCUUCAUCCCAAACCUCACUGGUGACGAUCUUGCGGUUGAAGACGAGAAAUUUAGGGCGUAUCUGGUGGCUCAUGGAUGGGACGGUGAGAUGGGCGAAGAAGACUUGAAGGCUCUGGCGGAUAAGGGAAUUCCACCGAGUAUAAUCGAAGAAGUCAAGUGA